CCCCCCCUCUCUCUUCUUCCUCGCUCAUUUUUGUCUGUUUCUCUCUCUAAAUGUCAAAAUGCGUAUAUGCCCUUCUAUCUUCUUUGUCUGCUUCUCUCUUUUCUCUAAGCUGUCAUCUAUUUCUCUGUCAAAAUAUUUCUCUCUCAUCUGCCUAUAUAAGGGACAGGGUCCUUCCCAUUAACCCUGCAAUUCAAAAUCGAAUAGCCCUCCUUUUUCGGAGUCUUCGCAUUAAAUCUCCGUCUCCCUUUCUCUCUCUCUAUAUUUCCCCCGCAUUUCCAAAAGAAUCGCCAUCGCCCUCCUUUUCUUGGUGUCAUUGAACUCGCCUGUCUCCAGUCUCUCACUCUCACGAUCUCUUUGCAUUUCUCUCUUUAAAAAUGGCAGCUCGUAGAGCUCUGAGACAACUAAUGCACAGACCACCGAACCCCAGGCCCACCUCCAUCUACAUAAGCAAAAUCCCCAAGUUGCCAGAAAACCCAUCAAUUUCCAGUGAGAAGCAAAACUUCCGUCGAUUUUUGCAGCGCAGAGGCAUUUUUCAGGCGGCCACAUCGCCGGAGGUCUUCUCCCUCCCCUUGGGCGACAUGCUCAUGGAGAAGAUCAAGAAGAUCAACGGCCACGAUCGCCUCCACCUCGAAACCCUAGCACCCCCAGCCGUCGAUCCUCUGCGAGUCAGGGUCACGGUGAAAGACGUGCAAAAGCUGGUUGAGAUUGCUCAGCUCGAUGCCAUUAAAGCUUCGCUCAGAGAGCUUGAAAAGCCCUGCAUAACCUACGAUGAGUUCGUGAGAAUUUGCAGAGAAAAAAUCGGCCUUACGAACACCGAUAUUUCGCUAAAUAUCGUGAAAAAGCUCGAAGAAAACGGAAGCGUUAUAGUGCUCGGUGACUUGGUAUUUCUUAGACCGGAGCAGGUUGCAAGAGCUGUAGAAAACAUUGUAGCCAUGUCGGUGCCGGAUGAUCCCAGACGACGAGAACUAGAGAAAAUGGAGAAGGAGAAGGAGGAUAUCGAUGGUCUUGCAGAGCAACUCGUACGUCGAGAGCUAUCAUGCGGUCUAGGGAUUGUAGCGGCCCAGACAGCUUUCUUCAUGAGGCUAACCUUCUGGGAGCUCUCAUGGGAUGUUAUGGAGCCCAUCUGUUUCUUUGUCACCUCUGUGUAUGCCAUGGCUGGCUACACUUUCUUCCUCAGGACCAAGAGAGAACCAUCUUUUGAAGGAAUUUUUGCUUCAAGAUUCAGUGAAAAACAAUACAAACUAAUGAAGUCAAAGAAUUUUGAUCUAGAACGAUUUCACCAAUUACAGAGAGCCUGUAAAGGAUAUCCUCCUAUGUCUUCUCACUCUGAGCCCCGGACCACAGCUCUGGGCGCCACCCUCCCUCAUUAGGUCUGUUGGGGGAUAGAAGAUGUUGGUUUAGACCAUUGUUUCUUCAUAAUUUAGUGUUAGAGAGAUAUCUCAUGUUCUUCUCAAAUUUUUAGAGGUAAGAGGACACAAAAGUUAUCUUUCGAAUGAAGAACUGGGUAUAGAAAACCCAAAGAGUAGAAAGCAUAGGUUUUUCCUCCUUUGGAGAUGGAGGGUACCAGAGGUGUUUGGUGAAAAAGUGGGUACAGGAAAUUGGUACAUUAGUGCCAUAAUGUCUCCAAAAUAGCAUGGUUGAGUGGUUGUUUUCUCUAACCCAGAAAAUCCUUAAACAUGGGGAGAUCUGACAGCAUUGGCCCUAUGAUACGACUGUAACACUGAUUUGUAUCUUCCCUUUUUUUGGUUAAUGAAAAAUAGGCAUUGGCCCUAUGAUAUGACUCUAACACUGAUUUGUAUCUUCCCUUUUUUUUAGUUAAUGAAAAACAGGUACCGGGCCUUUUACCUCA